UGUAAAAGUAAAGCCAGGUUGAGAUUUCUGCUGUUAUUUGUUGUUUAUAUUUUUAUCUCUUUUAUAUUUAAAUAAAACCGGCUGUUUUAAUGAUGAAUUGUGGAGCGAAUUUAAGCAGAAGAAACCCGCAGGAGGAUUUUGAGCUGUUACAGAGAAUAGGUAGUGGCACAUACGGAGAUGUUUACAAGGUCCGAAAUGUCAGUACAGACGAAGUGGCCGCCAUCAAGGUCAUCAAACUGGAACCUGGUGAGGACUUUGCGGUGGUGCAGCAAGAGAUCACUAUGAUGAAAGAGUGCGAACACCCCAACAUCGUAGCCUACUUCGGCAGUUACUUACGGAGAGAUAAGUUGUGGAUCUGUAUGGAGUACUGCGGAGGAGGUUCAUUGCAGGACAUCUAUCAUGUUACUGGACCGCUAUCAGAAUCACAGAUUGCUUAUGUGUCACGAGAAACCCUUCAGGGUUUGUAUUACCUGCACGAUAAAGGAAAGAUGCACCGAGACAUCAAGGCAGCCAAUAUUCUUUUAACGGACAGUGGAUACGUCAAACUUGCUGAUUUUGGUGUUUCAGCUCAAAUUACAGCCACUGUAGCCAAAAGGAAGUCCUUCAUCGGGACGCCAUACUGGAUGGCACCUGAGGUGGCCUGUGUGGAGCGGAAAGGAGGAUAUAACCAUCUGUGUGAUAUCUGGGCUGUGGGCAUCACAGCCAUCGAGCUAGCUGAAUUACAGCCGCCGAUGUACGAGCUGCAUCCCAUGAGUGCCCUGUUCCUGAUGACGAAGAGCAACUUCCAGCCACCCAAACUGAAAGAGAAGCUGAAAUGGUCAACUAACUUCCACAAUUUUGUCAAACUCGCGCUGACCAAAAACCCCAAGAAACGGCCCCCAGCCGACAAAAUGCUGCAGCACCCAUUUGUGAGUCAGCCUCUGAAUCGUGUGUUAGCUGUGGAGCUGCUGGCUAAAAUGAACAAUCCUGAACACUCUCACUACAAUGGUCUGGAGGACGAGGAGCCGGAGUCUGAGCUUCUGGUCAACGUUCCUCAACGCAUCCCGUCAAAGAAGCGAAACUCCCGGCAGGAGAGGACCCUGUCAGAGAUCAACUUUGAUCAGGUGAAAUUUGAUAGGCCUUUAAGAAAAGAGACAGAACCUCAUCAUGACCCACUCGACACAGACGAUUUUUUGGAUUGUGUGGAAGAAAUUUACUACACUGCGAGAUCUAACCUGGAACUAAGUUUGGAUUAUGAAAAGGAUCCCUCCACUAGUCAUCUCCCUGGAGAGAAAAAGAGUCUGUUAAAGUCUGUAGAAGAGGAGCUGCAGCAGAGGGGACAUGAGACACAUUUGGAGGACAAUAAAGAGGAGAUGCAUGUGGAUAAAGUGCAAAAUGUAACAGACUCCACCAUCAAACCCACAGUGCCUCCACCACCGCCUCCUGAGGCCAGACCUGUAGAUCACGAUCAUGCUUCGACAGAGCACAGUGAGAGUCCAGCUCCAUGUCCGGUCAGCUUCUCAUCCCACAACACCAGCACUACAGGAAAUGAUGUGAGUGACGUGAGUGCUGAGAGUGCAUCUGGACCAGGGGACAAACAAGCCUCCGCCUCCUCGGUCACACCACGUCGAGACAAGAAGGACAUUCCGAAACCCAGCAGUAAUGGUCUUCCUCCGACUCCAAAAGUCCAUAUGGGGGCAUGUUUCUCUAAAGUGUUUAAUGGCUGUCCACUGAAGAUCAACUGUGCUACAUCCUGGAUUAAUCCAGAUACCAGAGAUCAGUACUUGAUAUUCGGAGCAGAGGAAGGAAUCUACACAUUAAACCUUAACGAACUUCACGAGACUUCCAUGGAUCAGCUGUUUCCUCGGAGAUGCACGUGGCUGUAUGUGAUGAACAACACCCUAAUCUCCGUUUCUGGCAAAGCAUCUCAGCUGCACUCACACAGCCUGAUGGGAUUGUUCGGGCAUGCGAGGCAGAUGCAGAAGCUUCAUGUUGCUAUACCGACACACAGACUGCCGGAUAGAAUCAUCCCCAGGAAGUUCUCAGUGUCCAAUAGGAUUUCUGACACAAAGGGCUGUCAGAGGUGUUGUGUAGUGAGGAACCCGUAUACAGACCGUAAGUAUCUGUGUGGGGCACUACAGAGCAGCGUGGUCCUGCUGGAGUGGGUCGAGCCCAUGCAGAAGUUUAUGCUGGUCAAGACUUUAGAGUUUUCCCUGCCCAGUCCGCUGGAGGUGUUUGAGAUGUUGGUGGUUCCCGAGCAUCACUACCCGCUCAUCUGCGUGGCUCUUAGUAAAGGUACAGAGUCCAGCCAGCUGGUGCGAUUCGAAACUCUGAAUCCAAGCUCCACCCCCCAUUGGCUCCCUCAGUCCAAUGCUUUGCAAAUCUGUGCGAACCAUGUGACCCAGCUGGAGAGAGACACCAUUUUAGUUUGCCUCGACCGAUGCAUUAAAAUCGUGAAUCUUCAAGGUCAGUUAAAGUCCAGCAGGAAACUCUCAGCCGAGCUCACUUUUAACUUUCAGAUCGAGUCGAUUGUGUGUUUACAGGACAGCGUGUUGGCCUUUUGGAGGCAUGGCAUGCAGGGGCGAAGCUUUAAAUCUAAUGAGGUCACACAGGAGAUUUCAGACCACUCGAGGAUAUUCAGAUUACUGGGAUCAGACAGAGUGGUGAUUCUGGAGAGUCGGCCCACAGAUAAUCCCACAGCACACAGUAACCUGUACAUUCUUGCCGGCCAUGAGAACAGCUACUGAAUGCAGAGCGUGAUGGGAAACCGUUUCAGGUGUUGCGUGGAGGUCACAGAAGCAGCCUUGUGAUGCAACUUCCAGUUGGGAGAAUACUCUAUGGGUUUACAGAUGGAAUGAGACUGGUUUUAACUACAAUGACACUACACACCCUACAUUAUGCAAACAGAACCUUACACCCCACAGCAGCUUUUUAUUAUAAUUAUUUCUGAAUUGAUUUUUAACGAGCACUUAUGCAGUUUUUCUAAUAAUUUAUAAGCAUAAUCAGUUGAUAUUUGACAGAUUCUAAGAAGUUAAGAAGGUUAAUAAUCAUUGGAACUUAUACACUCUAACUGCCACUAGCAAUGGCCGUUAGAUUUACAGUUUCAUCUGCUGUAUAUUAAAACUGGAGAUUUUUCUCCUGGUCUAGUUGUUUUCAAUUCCCUUAUUUUAGUUCCCUUGCUGCUUGCACCCCACCCUGUGUCCAGCAACCCACAGUGGUGGGUCCGGUACUACAGGAAAACACUGGGUGCAGGAAUACACAGGAUCAUCUGGACUGGGUGUCAGUCCAUUGCAAGACUUCGGUCACCCACUCCAGACACAGCCAAUCAUGUCUGUGUCGAUGCCCGGCUGGCUGAUAGCACUGCUGAGAUAUAAACCCGAAUCCCAGCGGUGGUGGGCUAGCGUAAUACACGGCUGCGUCGCUCGAGCAUCCUAAAUAGACCUAAUGAAGGGCUGAAUAAUAAAUUACAUUUAAUAAGAGCUAGAGUACAACCUAUAUAGUGUAGGGCUUGCACUAUCACUACACACGUUUAGAAUGUCGUCUAUCAGUUACGUGCUGCCUUGUGUUUAAUGUCAUGUACAUACAGUAUACAAUCUCCUCAUUAUAUAAGUGAUGUAAAGUGUGUGUAUGGUACGGAAGUGUGUGUUACGUUUUCAUUUACUCUGGUACUAACUUACAUCUUAAAGCAAUAAUUUAUCCAUACCAAAAGAUGAACCAUUUACCAUUUUAGUGCACAAGAUUACCACACCAGACUACCAACACUUAUUGUCUGAAGUUUAGCAGGCUAGUGUAGCUAACAAAUAAAGAAAAUUAGUAGCAUCCUGCAACAUCGUAAUUUUAGGACCAAAAAAGCUGUAGAAUUGAUUGUCCAUCUAUAAAGUCUACUGAUUGCCCGACCAGGCUGGUGGCACUGCUCAGAUUUAGACCCAGGUCUCUGUGGUUUUGGGCGAGCACAUCAGACCGCCACACCAGCCAAACGCCCAAACUGGUGCUGAAUUUUAAUAAAAUAGUUUAUAAACAGGUUGGGUAAUAUUUUAAAUAUCAGACAGUAUCUUGGAACAUUAAGUGUUUUGCCAUCUUGGAUUAACUGUGUAUCGUUAUGAAGUACUGACCCCUUAAUGGUCAAUACAGCAGAAAAGCAUGAUUAUGUGAGGCAGUGUUAUUUCACAGGGAACACACAUGGAUUGAUGUAUUUUUUAUUACUUUAGCAAUACAGUUUACAAAGUGCUAACCAGUAAAACCGAAGCUUAUUGAUGGUCUGCAUUAGUUUAAUGGGAGCGUGUGGAUUUUUCUUUGGCCUGUAAUGUUUAUUGAAGGGCUUCACUGUGAUGUGUUCGACUGUGUUUGAGAAAAUCCAAGCUGAAGUGGCCUUUUCAUCAGUGUAAUUUUGUUUUAAGUCUUAAUUUUAAUCAUUUAACUUGUUUACAUGUUACAAUGCCUCUUUAUUUGCUCUUGUUAGUGUUGCUGCGCACACCAGUAAAGAUUUGCACAUUUUUACAAUGUAUGUGUAAGUGCGUGUUUGUACAUUUCAUUGUUCAGUGUUAUGACGUAAAAAAUUUUAACUAUUAUUGUUAAACAUUUUAUAUUGUAUUGUACUUUUAACUAUUUUACAGGUAUUUUAAUUUUAUCUGGAUGUAAAAAAAACAGAAUCAAGCAUUUGCUCUUUAUAAUGUUUGCCUUUACAGAUCUUUAUACAUUUGUCAUGUUUCAACCACAUGAUUCAUUAGAAUGUGAUAGAAAGUUUAACUUGGCAUAAUUUGUAAUAUUUUGACCUCACUACUGGCUUGUUAAAUUAGCCAGCUGGCUUUGUUAGUGAUGCUAAUGCUACACCAUCUAGAUUGUGGGGUGGCUAAGCUAAACCAAAGCAUUUACAGUAUUUAAAUCUAAAGCUAAAUACUAAACACAUCCACAAAUCCACAUUCUUCAUCGUAAAUCUUUGUGUUGUCUCAAAUUGUAAAUUUUCUCAUCGAAAUUUUAGUUUUUGCUACUUUUAAAUGUAUUGUUUUCUCCAGCUUUUGCAUUUUUGUUCUGAUUAAUAUAACGUCAUUUCAAACACUAAAACAUUUCUAAAUUCUUAUGGGGUAAAAACACACUACAUUGUGAUAGUAUUGGAAAUCUAUAAUCAGAACUGUGUGGGCUGGUGUCUUACUUGAUGCUUGUAACGUUACAGAAGGUAUGAACUUUAGCGUUCAUAGUUUGCUUUGUAUAUAUUGUUUAAUAAAAUAUGUUCCAUAAA